UCACCCACCGAUCGAUCAAUCAAUGAUCCUUCAUCUUUAUUUUUUUGUAUACUUAUCCGACCUAUCGUAACUUUUUUUACUACACUAGGCUGUCACAGACUCUAGUACUUUGUGAUCAAAUCAUCGGAUUCGAUUAUUUGACUGCAGCAAUAGACGAGAGCCUAGAGGAGAGAGAGAAAGAGGAAAAAAGCAAAAGCAGAGCAAAGCGAUACCGCCGUUUAAGAAGAGUAUCUACUUGGUACCGCUUCACCAAACGUCGUAGGACGACUGUCUCGUUUAAUCAAAGUGGCUGGUCUAUCAGCGCCCACUACAACUUCAUCAAGACCAAAUGAUUCAAUAACAUUCAUUUCACCAGCAUAUUUCUGCUUCAUUUCCUUGAGAAGUUCCAAGGACGACUCGGGUGUUACUUGAAAUUUUGUUGAGUCUUGGUCUUGGCCUUGGCCUUCUAGCCAAAGAUGCCGACUCUUGCUGUUAACAACUUUAAUAUUGUUGUUAGUGUUCUUGGUGGAUGGAUCUCACUUUUUGGUCUUGUGUCUUAUCUGCUGAAGGAGAACUUUUACCUCUCCGAGGCUCUCAUAUCCCUUUUGGCCGGCCUUACUUUCUCGCCCCACGCUGCCAACUUCGUCCGGCCUUUGGAGUAUGCAGGCUCGGAAGAAAACUUAAAUGCGAUCACGCUAUAUUUUACUCGCCUUGUUCUCGGAGUUCAACUUGUCCUCGCAGGGGUUCAGUUACCAAGUCGCUAUCUAAGAACAGAAUGGAAGCCUCUAGCCUUACUUCUAGGGCCGAUUAUGACGGCGAUGUGGUUGAUGACGAGUCUUCUCGUCUGGGCCCUGAUACCACAUCUACCUUUCCUCCAUGCUCUUGUGGUUGGAGCUUGCGUUACGCCAACUGACCCGGUCCUGUCAAACGUCAUCGUGAAGGGAAGAUUCGCUGAUCACAACGUGCCUAAGGAUCUUCAAACGAUCAUCAUCGCGGAAUCGGGUGCCAACGACGGACUCGGUUAUCCUUUCUUAUUCCUCGCUCUAUAUCUCAUCAAAUACAUUGGCGAUGGUGGUGUCAAUGAGCCAGGGGGUGCUGGUCUUGCUAUAGGCUUAUGGUUUGGAGAGACCUGGGGCUAUACCAUCAUCCUCAGCGUUAUAUAUGGCGCUGUUGUGGGCUGGAUUGCCAAGGAGCUACUCCAUUACUGCGAGGAACAUAAAUUCGUCGACCGUGAAAGCUUUCUUGUUUUUGCGUUCUCUCUCGCCCUCCUCAUCACAGGCACAUGUGGCAUGAUCGGCAGUGAUGACAUUUUAGCUUGCUUUAUCGCUGGGAAUGUCUUCACUUGGGAUGACUGGUUCCGCUUGGCAACAGUCGAUGAUUCACUUCAACCAACCAUCGAUAUGCUCCUCAACGUAGCUAUAUUCAUGUGGUAUGGCGCUGUCUGUCCAUGGCAUAGUUUUAUCGCAAAUGACGUCAUCCCAAUAUACCGGCUGAUUCCCUUGGGAAUAUUGAUACUGCUACUUAGGCGUCUUCCAUUCAUCUUGAUGUCUUAUAAGAAAAUUACACAGAUAGACGGGCUACGACAAGCUAUUUUUAUGGGUUUCUUCGGACCAAUUGGCUGUUCGGCUAUCUUCUACUUAUACGUAACGCUGGAAUUUAUCACUAUGUUGAAUCCCGAUCAAGGAGAUACGCCAAGGUGGGAUGUGGCUCGUCUUCAGGAAGACGUAUCGGUUGUAGUCUGGUUCAUGGUAAUUUGCAGCGUCGUUGUCCACGGGCUUAGUAUACCCUUGGGCAAAUUCGGGAUCUACCUUCCUCGAACAAUUUCGAGGACCUUAUCAUCGCCUGAGGAUCUGAUAUCCUUCCAGGUAGGUGGGCGAGUAAUACCCCGAAGUCGCUCCAGGGACGAGACAGCCGCCAACACCCCUACCGAAUCUCGCUCCGUAUCACUACGGCCCGUUUAUCGCAUCGGUGGUUCAAUAAUUCCAGAGCACCCAUCUGCGACUAGGCCUUCUCCUGCGCACUUGUCGGGCGCUAGUGAUAUAAUCGGUCCCCGAGAUAAUCUCGAUGGGGGUUCUAAGUCUACAUCUACAAAGGUAGAGUCAGAAUCGCAAUGGAACAUGUCGUCGCCGAUCCUACCUAACCGAAUGAUUCGCUUUCCCGAUGAAGCGCCAUCCAGUGAUAAAGAGUCGAGAGAGCUCAAGGGGGACGUCGCUUGUUGAUUGUGGAUGAUUUAUCAUUCUACGUCAAACGACAUGGUGAUCAUUUUUAACUUCCGGUGCUAGUCCGUUGAUGUGGAUUCCAAAGUCAAUACCAGAAGGUCAAAAUAGUCAUUGACUAUAUUCUGUUUGCCAAGGGAACAAUAAGCAGGGUGACAUUUGGACAAGAGUGUCAUAAUUGUGGGAAACAGUCCAAUCGUUUUAUUUUCUCUUCUUUUCCAUCUACUACCUUAAUCAAGUCAAGAAGCUUAGCAGUUUCCAUUUUGGUGGUUUUAGGGCCUCUUACCAUUUCACUACUAUUAGCUUAGCAAAUUAUUUGCUUUAUAUCUACCAAGUAGUUUAUUAGUAGUUAUCUCAAAUACCGGUUCCUACUUUUAAUUCGUGAAUUUCGGACUCCGGUUAUGUCAACUACAACAUCAGACGGACGUCCGGCUUUGACGGUUACA